UCGAAUGUGACGUCCGGCGAAAAAUACAUUUUAUUCAAUUUUUCAUCUCAUUUUUAAAAAGAUCUAGAAAUUACCAGAUGGUUUCUCUCUUGUAAAUAAUUCUCUCACGGACUCAAAUAUUUAUUUUUCGAUGGUUCAAAAGUGCAGCUGCACAAAAUAAAUUAUCUUUGGUACACAAUUUUCAAGUAAAUUUCCGGGAAAAAUCAUGAAACGAAAAAAUAAAGUUCCAAACGGUAAGCCAUCAAACACUCUUCAAGUGUUUGUCUCUGGGGAUAUGUUUUGUAUUUUACGACCUGCAGGCGGCUGCAUGUCGUCGACUAGAAGGUCGAAGGUCUGUUACUGACCUCCCAAAGUCCUCAGAAUUUUCUGUUGCACAUGAGACUUUUCCCAUGCGCCUACGCCCUAUGCAUCCACCCGGCGGAUAAGGGAGAUAAACAGGAGAUGCCAACGAUCAAGGGACACUUGUGUGUACCCUCGUCUGGAAUUUCAACUGAUAAAUAAAUCCGAAAUAAUAUUUUCAAUUUUUAAAUCAUUUCUCAUGGAAACAUUUUGUUCAUAAAAAUGACAAUUAAUCGAUUGAAAAUCAUUUCGAAAUUCUCAAUUCGGAGAAUUUCGAAUUAUCAAAAUCGUAUUAUUUGAACUGAAUUAAAUAUUAAAUCACAUUUGAAUUAUCAAUUUGGUUAAUUGCACAUAAUUAAAUAAUAUCAAUUGAAUGGAAUUGAAGUAUUUGAUCUUUCAAGAUUAUCAAUUUAAAGAGUCUUGAAUAAUCAAAAUAAUGACAUUAAAAUUAAUAGAUUUAAAGAGUUCAAACGUUUGAAUCAAUAUUCUAUUAACAAAAGAGACGACGAACAAAAUUAGAUUAUUAAUAAUAAGAAAUGUUUAUUGAUAACUAUUCUUAAAAGUUGAUGUUUAAAUUUAAUUAAUUAAGUUAGUUAAAUCCGAGAUUCUGGAGGGAGAAAUGGGACUCCUGAAAUAAUUCUCAUUGGUUAGUUGGGGGUGGAGAAGUCCGCCCACACCCCAACAAAAAUUUGAGUAACCCAAUGUGGAAGGGGUGGAGUAACCCUGAAACACUGGGACUGAUGAGCCUGGAGAGGGAAAUUCUGGACCAAGGUCGUGCACCAUUGGCCCCGAGUUUUCCCUCCAGAAGUGCCUGAGGUCACACCCUUCGUCCGGUUCAUAAAACCACUUGCACUCCGGGUUUUUCUUCAGUGUUCCCUGCUCAGUUCCAAAAGUGAACUUUUCAAUCGACCCCUUUGAACGAUUUUUAUCAAGAAUCUUUCGUGAUUCUUUUUAUUCAAAAUCUUUCAUGAUUCUUUAAAUUCAGAAUCUUUCGUGAUUCUUUUUACAGUCCUCUAGUGACUUAUAUUUUCUUUAAAUCUUUUAAGAUUUUGUUUUUGUAUUUAAAAUUGUAAAUGUAGUUGUCGAGUCAGUUUGUAUUAUAUCGAGACAGUUUUAUGUGAAUUAUUAAAUUGUGAAAUCACUGUUUGGCGGCAACAAUUAUACAAUAAGGAUUGUCAAGGACUAAAGAGUCAAUCUCUUGUCUGUAGCUGUCUUGAUUGAAAUUCUGGUGAGAAUGAGGGCUCUACUAGUUCUCCUUUGCAUUUCGAAAGUUUUCGCCGAGGGAAAAGAUCCGAAAGUUAUUAUCGUAGGCUCUGGAGCUUCCGGCAUCGCAGCGGCUUCUAAAUUACUUCAGAAUGGAAUAACUGAUGUGACGAUUCUGGAGGCAGAGGGGAGAAUUGGUGGUCGAGUGUACAGUACAAAAUUUGGAGAAUAUUGGAUUGACCUUGGUGGUCAAUGGGUUCACGGAGAGCGAGAUAAUGCAGCGUAUGACCUUGCUGCGCCCUUGGGACUUUUAUCAAAAGCCAUAGGUCCAGGGCGACCCGAUGAAGAGCCACUGAGUCAUAGUUACUUAACAUCGGGCGGCGAAGUUAUAAUGAAAGAACUUGGGGGCGAAUAUUUCGACUAUGCUAUAGGGUGUACUGAAGACUCCACGGGAGUUGAUAAUCUGAAGACUGGAUCUUUCGGGGAACACGUAGACAAUAAACUCAACGAAUAUUACAAUAAUCACACGGAGGAAAUUGCGCCCAACCUCCGUAAAGGCUUGACACAUGCCUUAAAAUUAACAAUCAUGGCAGCGGAGGGGGCAGCAGAUUUGAACGAUGUCGACGUUAAAAAAGCACAAGCGUACAAAGGUAGUGGAGGGUAUCUAGUAGUCAACUGGAAGGAUCGAUCGUAUCAUACUAUUUUGGAUAUCCUCAUGAAAAAAAUUCCGAAUCCCGAGGAGGAACUGCCCAUCAUGAACAAGACCUUGUUAAAUAAAAAAGUCACUAAAAUAAAGUAUGACGGUGAUGGGCCGAUAAAAGUAACGACUUCCGAUGGGAGUGAAUACACAGCUGAUCAUGUGAUUAGUACCACUUCGCUGGGAGUCCUCAAGGCAGAUCAUGAGAAGAUUUUCGAGCCAGCGUUGCCAGAGAAGAACAGGAAGUCAAUUGAGAAUUGGGGUUUCGGACGGAAUGCCAAAAUCAUUCUGUAUUACGACGAACCCUGGUGGGAUACUACGAAGUAUACAAUCAAUAUACUCACGUGGACCGAAGAAGACAGAAAAGAAAUCGAAAAUGACCCCGAAAAAAGUUGGAUGUUGGGCGUCGCCUACACUGUCCCAGUCGAGUACAAACCGAAGCUCUUUUUCCUCUGGAUGAGUGGCCCUUACUGCGAGCAGAUGGAGAGAAUUCCUGACGAACUUUUCAAAAAUCAGACGCUCGGACUCAUCGAAAGAUUCUUCGGUAAAUCCCACAAUCUCACGCAGCCCAAGGACAUCAUCAGGACUCGCUGGAACACCAAUGAGAAUUUCAGGGGCACUUACAGUUAUCCUUCCCUCGCUUCCGUUGUCAAUAACGCGAGUCCUGAGGACUUGGGGACACCUGUGCCACGGAAUGAUAAGCCUGUGAUUCAAUUUGCUGGAGAGGCUACUGAGCCGCAACAUCAUAGUACUGUGCACGGAGCUAUUGUGUCGGGAUGGCGCGAAGCUGAUCGGUUGAUUAAUCAUUAUAAAAAGAAUUAAUGAUGGGAAAAAAAGAAUUAUUUUGUCAUGCACUUUGAAAAACUUUUUUUUUGGCUCAUCAGGCUUUGUAUUUGUAUUUUUGAAAAGUUUAUUGGAUCAUUGAAGCAUUGUAAUCGUUCAAAUUUAAGUUUUGAAUUUUUUGUGUUAUAUCGACCCAUUAUGAUCCAAAAAGUCGGAAAAUGCAAUUUCCAGACCGUGUCCGCACGUAUGUAUGUGUGUGGCGUGGAAUUAAUCAUCCCUUUUUCUCAAAUAUAAGUAUUGUUGAGCCCCA